AUGGAUGCGCCUGGCGUGAAAACGGUGAACCAGGGGGCUACGAAGCGUGCUCCGAAGCUUGAUGCGUCCUCUGCACGGAGCCGAUCCUCUUCGGGCGCCAACCCUGACGAACACGAGAAGGACUACCGAGAUGACGACCAAGAUACUGCAGCGAGUGAUGACCUCGACAAAGAGGAAGAGGAAGAUGAAGAAGAGGAGGAUUCUGACGAGGAUGACGAGGAGCCACGACUCAAAUACGCUUACCUCACCAAGCACCUGGGAUCGGUAUAUCGCAACGGGGAUGCGACCAGCACAUUCCUAGUCGCAGGAGAUAAGAUGAUCGUUGGGACUCAUAAUGGCGUUAUUCAUGUCCUCUCUUUGCCUCUUCUCCAGCCCCUCCGCGUAUACCAUGCACAUUCAGCAAGUGUCACGUCCAUAUCUAUAUCGCCAUUCCCCCCUCCUCUACCGAAGGUCAAGGUCGAUGCCUCCAAUAGAACGGUUGCAGAAGGUGUACGACCCCCGACGCGGACAUCGACAAGUUCGGGAAGUAUUCGUGGGAAUCCCAAGUCGGGCCAGCAGGUACCCAUACCAGCAACGCCAUCGAACUCAAUACACAUUGCAUCUUCCUCAAUUGACGGCAAUGUAUGCAUUGCCUCGCUUGUCGACCCCAAAGAUAUCCUCAAGCGGAACUUUGGCCGACCGGUCCAAGCGGUUGCGCUUUCUCCGGACUACACGAAUGAUCGGUCGUUCAUUUCCGGUGGUCGAGCUGGUGAAUUGAUUCUUACUACAGGCGGCCGUAUUGGUGUGAGCUCCAACGCGACCACUAUGGGAGGCGCAACAGCUGCAGCUUCCAGCUGGCUGGGAUCCAUGGGCCUGGGUACAAGCAGUGGGAAAGAUACCAUCUUACACAGCGGAGAAGGCGCCAUUAGUACGGUUCGAUGGUCUCUGUCCGGAAAGUACGUUACUUGGGUGAAUGAAGAAGGCAUCAAGAUCAUGCGAUCCAAUCUGCAUCUCGACUUGUCCGAAGCGGAAUUUGCGUGGAAGCGGAUCAGUCAUAUCGAUCGUCCAAACGGGCCUGGAUGGGAAGAAAUGGCUAGUGUUUGGAAAGCACGGGCAGAAUGGAUCGAUGAAUCCGCUUUGGAUGAUGAUACCCAGUUAGAUCCCGGCAGCCCAACCGAGGGCAAACGGACAGCCUCAACAGAGCCAGCAGAAAAGUCAGAAAAGCUCGUUAUCGGCUGGGGAGGUACUGUGUGGGUCAUUGACGUCUUUCCUGAUCGGGCAUGCAAGUCCUCGAAAGGCCAACGAUACGGUUCUGCAGAAGUCUCCACGAUAUUACGAACGGACUGUGUAAUUUCUGGCAUCUCCUUGUACAGCCCUCGCCUUCUUGUUGUACUUGCACAUAUUGAAGCUGAAGGUGAUUCUCCAGAGAGUACCGGCAAGACUCCCGGGAGACGUCACCGACAGAGAAGCCUAGAACCCGAACUUCGGAUCAUCGAUAUUGAGACAAAGGAAGAGCUUAGUGCAGACACACUGUCCGUCGGCCGGUUCGAAGGCCUUACAUCCUCAGACUAUCAUUUGAGUGUCUUACCGCCCUGGAAAACGCCCGAAGGACAAGUGGUUCAGCGUGGUGCAUUGGGUACUAUUGGGCAUGGUCUUCUCGAUGCUACCAUGUAUUCUGCUAGGCUCUUCAGUUCUGGUGCUAGCAUUCGCAGUACAGCUAGUAGCGGGGACAGAGUUUCAGCCAGAGUCCCCCCGUCAUUCAUUUCAAGACAACUCUCAAUCGAUGAGCCACCUUCUAAGGAAGUGCAAGAUGUUUCAGGAGCACCGGGUGCGAAGAUAUUCGUCCACAGCCCGUAUGAUUGUGUUGUUGCGAUGAAGAGGGAUCUUUCAGACCGACUUGCCUGGUUAAAUUCCCGUGGCCAGUACGACCAAGCAUGGAAUCUCAUUGAUGAACACCCCGAAGUCGCAGAAUCAGUUCCAGACUUAGCCGACAUACCUGCUGGUCUGAGAUCGCAAACUAGUCUGGGAGACUUUUUUGCUGAUGAUCGAUCGUCUAUCAUCACUGCUGGACGGGCGAAAGCUUCCGCUUCUGAUCAGGAAAAGGCUCAAAUCGGUGAACGUUGGAUUGAGCAACUUGUCGACCAAGAGAAGUGGUUAGAAGGUGCUGAAGUCUGUGGGAAAGUCCUACGCAAUGCACCUCGUUGGGAACACUGGGCGUGGGUAUUCGUUAAGAAAGACAAGGUGGAUGAGAUAACCCCGCAUAUACCCACCGACCUACACCCUUCCUUACCUGCGGAGAUAUAUGAGUUCAUCCUCAACCACUAUGUCUCUCGGGAUCUUGGCCGAUUCAAAGAUCUAGUUGAUUCCUGGCCUUCGGAUCUGUUCGAACCCGACAACGUGAUUCUAUCUAUCGAGGAUCAACUCAAGUCGAAUUCAAUUCUGGCCCAGUCAGAAGAAUGGCUCAUCCUCACCGAUUGUCUUGCCAAGCUGUAUCUUAUGGGGGGUCAUUACCGCGAGGCUUUGCACUGCUACAUUCGACUUCAAGAUGCGGAAGCAGCCAUGGCUUUGAUAAAGGAGCACCACCUGGUGGACGCAGUGUCGGAUGAUAUCCCUGCUUUCAUCAUGAUUCGGGUGACCAAGGAGCAGAUGAAGUCAGCUCCAAAGUCUGAACUGGAGGAGCUGGCCGCAGAGCCAAUACAGCUCUUGGUCAGUGAAGCCUACACGGGCAUUGUCCGACCUGAGACGGUUGUAUCCCAGCUCAGGGCUGCAAACCGGAUCUUGUUCCUCUACUUCUACCUUCGUGCUCUCUGGCGCGGUGAAGCGUUACCGCAUGACGCUUCAAAACCUCGACGAGGCCGCGGAGCUCAUGCUCGUGAUGCAGCAAGCAAACUCGCUGCCGACGAAGGGAAAGCUCUCAUUGAUGCUUUUGCCGACACUGCUGUGGAAGUCUUUGCUGACUAUGACCGGCCCCUGUUGAUGGAAUUUUUGCAAACUAGCAUCUCAUACUCGUUUGAGACAGCCACCCAUAUCUGUGAACAGCGUCGCUUUACUCAAGAGUUGAUUUACCUGCUGUCAAAGAUGGGCCAAACAAAGCGGGCUUUGAACCUGAUCUUAUCGGAUUUGAAGGAUGUCUCUCAGGCCAUUUCAUUCGCCAAGUCACAAGAUGACCCAGAUCUCUGGGAAGAUCUUCUUGAUUAUUCCAUGGAUAAACCAAAGUUCAUCCACGGGCUGCUUGUCGAGGCUGGAACGUCAAUUGAUCCCAUCAAACUAGUCCGUCGAAUUCCAAGUGGAUUAGAGAUCGAGGGCCUGCGAGAUGGCCUGACCCGAUUGAUUCGUGAGCAUGAUCUACAGACCAGUAUCAGUCAGGGCGCCGCUCGAGUCAUGCAGAGCGAGGUUGCCCUGGGAAUGGAUACACUGCGCAAAGGACAAAGACGUGGAAUCAAAUUCAAUAUCAGUCACGAUGAGGCUGUCAAUGGGGCGAAUCUCCCGAAUAUCACCCAGCCCAACGGCCAAGGCCAUGAUGACAUGUCAGUAUCCAGUGGCUCAACCCGGCGUGCGGGUCCUGGCCAAGGGCGUUGCGGUGGCUGCAACGCCCCCUUCCAAGCAAACGAACGCGAAAUUCUCAUUGGAUUUGGCUGUGGGCAUGUUUUCCACCUCUCGCACUUGCACUCGGAAAGAUCACAACAGCAAUCCAGUAUUGGUACCCCAGACAGGUCUGCAGACCGCACACCGCGUCCAUCAUCUCCUUCCGAGGAUCCCACCACGUCAACUGCCUCUCGUACGGUAGGCCCGAAGGUCACCACGGCACGUCUUUUGAGAGACAAGAUUGGUGACGGGUGUCGAAUCUGUGCUCUGACAAGGAAAAUUGAGACCCUUGGCAGCGAAGGCGAAGUCUAG